AUGACCACGGUUGUAGGAUCAAUAACCCUCAUUCGAACCGAUGGCCAUAAGCUCUGGGAACUGUUGUUCAAGCUUUCGUUCUCAGAUGAUUCACCUGCGUCGAUGGCCGUCUUACGCGCAAUGUUAUCCCUGGCGUACUUAUAUCGACACGGACAUGGCAAUGAGGCCCUUCGACUCAAGGUAGCUGCCCUUAGCUCUUUGGGCACAGCCAUGAAACAGAAUGCAACCGGGACAAGAGAGAUUUAUCAGCAUGUUGCGGUCGGAAUGUUACUCUGUGCUUUCGAGUUAUUCUUACCAUCGGAGAGCUCUUUCCAAUGGCCCUUAUAUCUAUCCGGUGCCAAGAACAUGCUUCAUAAUAUCUGUGAAGGCGGACACCCUAAGCUAAUGGAGGUUGACCAUCUUGUAAUCUGGCUACACUAUCAUGAUAUCCUGGGCAAGUUUGCAUCUCGACAUUGGCGAGUUGAGUCAGUGGAAAAUGCCUCCCUCUUCAAAGUGCCAGGGCGUGCUUCAACACUGGUUUCAUCGAUAGCAAAUGAUCAAGUCCUCGGGAUUUCUGGAUGCUCUGUGGAAAUGAUAGACCUUAUUGCUGAGAUAUCAGAGCUUAGUCUGGAUGAUACUCAGUACACAGAUCAGCGAAAGCUCAAUUCCAUUGAAUAUCACUUGAUGACGAUUGAGCAGGACACAACCUUACUCGGUGAAAACAAUUCGGAGGAAGAGGUAGAACACGGGGGUAAGAUCUCUCAGCUUUACCGACUAGCAGGGCUGGUUUAUUUUGAGCGGGCCUUGAAGAAAUCGUCCAAUAGUGGAAGACUAACGAGAUGGAUAACGGAAGCCUUUGAAAUAAUUGAGACGUUGGACAUCUGCGAGCGUCCAUUCCCGCUAUUCUUCAUAGCAUGCGAAGCGCACACGGAUACCCAGCGUAAAAUGGUUCUCUCAUUGUUCGAAAAAACCCAACGAAGGUCAAGCCAGCGCAGGAUCCAUACUAUUCAAGGCAUGGUUGAGUCAGUAUGGGUACAAAUGGAUCUAUCGUCAGAUGAGAAAGGGAUGGAGUAUGUUGAUAUGUUGAAUGCCGUCAUGUCUUCUCAUGAUCAACUACCGACACUAGCAUAG